AUGCCCCCAAAAUCAGGAGUUCUCGUCCCGUUGUACAUUUACCCUGUAUCAACCACGACUUGGGCUCCACUAUACGACGCCAUCACCGCCCACCCCGAUCUAGACUUCCUGGUGGUCGUCAAUCCCAACAGCGGACCGGGCGACCUCCCUUCCCCGAACAAGGAUUACGCCCGCGAGGUCCCCAAGCUGAACGCGUUCCCGAACGUCUACACCGUCGGCUACAUUCGUAUCCACUACUGCGAUAAGCCUCUGGAAGAUGUCUACGAGGAGAUCGAUCGGUAUGCUAGCUGGUCAGCCUCCGAGGGUCUAGGUCUGGGUGGGAUUCUACUCGACGAGACGCCCAACCAUUAUUCGGAGGAGAGAGAGGCGUACCUGCUCGCUUGUACAAAGUAUAUCAAGAGUCAUGGUGGGAUUCUGCGCGAUCGGAUGGUCGUCCAUAACCCUGGCACGCCCCCCGAUGCCGGCUUGGCCGACACCUGUCCGGAUCUCAUUCUGACCUGUGAAGAGCCGUACGAGAGGUACUGCUCCGAGGAGGUGCAGCGUCGACUCGCCGAACUGCCCUAUGAUCGGAGCCGAUGCGGGUACAUGAUCAGUGCGGUGCCAGUGGGCGAGCUGGCAGCCUUUGUGCGCGAAUUGCGCGAUCGCGCGGCUUAUCUGUUUGUCACGGAGGUGGAGGGCGAUUUCUACGAGCGAUUCGGACCAACCAGUUGGGAGGGAUUGAUGCACGCGCUGGUAGAAUAA